UCUCUUAUCCUUUGAUUAUUUACUCUGUGAUUUUAUUGUCUUUUUUACUAAACUACCUACCUAGCCAAUUUUAUUACAAAGAAUGUUUUUUGGUAACUUUGGGAAUCAUUUCUAUUUAGUUUGUGGAUUACUAACUCCUUUCCGUUUUGAAAAUAUUUGAAAGAAUACUUAUCUUUGUACUGUAUUGAAUCUAAAAACCAAAAAUGUCGAAGAUAUUUACACCAACAAAUCAAAUACGUUUAACCAACGUUGCAAUAGUUCGGUUAAAAAAAGGCGGAAAGAGGUUUGAAAUAGCGUGCUAUAGAAAUAAAGUGAUAUCAUGGCGAAAUAAAUUGGAACAAGACAUUGAUGAAGUAUUACAGACACACACUAUAUUUUCAAAUGUCUCCAAAGGACAGGUAGCGAAAAAGGAGGAUUUGUUAAAAAUAUUUGGAAAUGACGACUCCACAGAAAUAUGCAAGGUGAUAUUGGAAAAAGGGGAGCUUCAGGUUUCAGAUAAGGAGAGACAUUCUCAAAUAGAAUCUCUUAUGAAAGAUAUUGCUACAACUGUUGCUGAUAAAUGUGUAAAUCCUGAAACAAAACGACCUUAUCCUGUAUCAAUUAUAGAGAAAGCUAUUAAAGAUGUACAUUAUUCUGUUAAUGUUAAUAAAAGUGCUAAACAACAGGCUCUAGAUGUUAUACAGCUUUUGAAAAAGGAGAUACCCUUGGAAAGAGCACAAAUGAGGGUAAGAAUUUUAUUAACUGGGAAAGAUGCAAAAAAAAUAAAAGAUAAAGUCAUUAAAUUAGCUAUGAGUGUUGAAGAAGAAAACUGGGAUUCUGGAACAGCUAAUAUAAUUUGUUUAAUAGAUCCUGGGAAUUUCAGGAAUUUGGAUGAAAUGAUCAGAAUGGAGACAAAAGGAAGUGGUCAAUUUGAGUUGUUAAAUUUGAAAGAAAUGGUAGAAGGAGAACAAACUUUAUAAGCUGUCGUCCACAAAAUUACAAAUAAAUUUUGUUUACAUAGUGAUUUUUAAAUGAAUAAAAUUCUCUUUACUAUUAAAUAACACAGAUGUCUUGACUGAGAAACAAUUAUACUACGAGCCUCUUAUACAUGAUGCUGGGAGAAAUGGUCGUAAAAAUAAUUACCGAUUGUCAUUGAAGAAAAGAAGAACAAUAAAAUUCUCAUUCUGUAUUUAAAAAAAAAAACAAAUUUUCUUUUUAGAUAAUAUCAUCAUUUUAAGAAAGUAUUAACACGGAUAAAAACUAUAAGAAUAUUUUUAAUCUUAAUCAUACUAAUAAAAUAAUUUGUUUUGUUGCAUGAUCA